AUGAAUAAAUAGGAAGAAGAAAGGGAGAAAGAUUAAGAGAUGAAUUAACUUAAGAUUGAACUAUAAGAAUAUAAGGAAAGGGAAAAAAGAUUUAAGGAUAUUGCAUAACAUUUAACUUAAUUAGAGGGAAGGUAAUUAUAAUAAAUAGUUUUAAGGUAUAAUGAUUUAAAGGAUUAAAAAUGUAUUAGUGAGUAAUAGUUAAAAACAUAGAUUUAAUAAUAUCAAAAAUAGAUUAAGUUAUAAUAGGAGGAGAUAAAAAGUUUGAAAGUUUAUAUAGAAGAAGUGGAGGAUAAAAUUGAUGAGAAUGAAUAAUAAUAAAAUAAAGAAAAGAAGAUUGUAGGAGAUGAAAGUGUUGUAGUGAGUAAAUUGAAUAGUGAGAAAACUUUAUUAGGAGAGGAAGUGAAGGGAUUAAAAUAAACAAUAAUAUAGUAUAAAUAUAUGUAUUUAAAUUUAGAAUAAAAUAAGAGUAUGAUAAUAUAUCAAAAGAUUUCUAUCAAUUGAGUAAGUAAACUGACACAACAAAAAGUUAAUUUACAUAAGUAUUAAAAUAUAUUGAAAAUAAAUAAGAUUAAAGAGGAAUUGAUGUUAAAGAAUAAAGAAUUAAUUCAUACAAGAAGAUAAUAUUAAGAGGCUUUAAAUUAUAUUAGUUAAUAAUAGAUUAAUGUUAAAUAAUUGCAUAAUAAUUCAACAAUAAAUGAGUUGUCAUAGACAAAUUAACAAUUAUUGAGUUAAAAUUAAUAAUUAAAUAGAAAAAUAUCUAAAUUGAGAGUGGAUUUAGAUAAUGUUAAGAAGGCUCAUUAAGAAAUAUUAAUCGAAGCUGAUAUGCUAAGUAGAAAUUUAGAAUAAUAAUAAUAAUUGAGUGAAUGUACAAAAAAUUAGAGAGAAAAUGUAAAAAUUAAUUAAUGUUAUAAUUAGAUUGGAUAAGAAUUAGAAAGAGUGAUAAGAAUAGAAGAACAAUAAUUUUAAUAAAGAAUAGCAUUAUUGAGAUCUUUAAAAGAUGAACUUAUAGAUACAAAAUAAAGAAGCUUAUUGAAUUUAAGAAGAUAUAAUUAUUGA